ACGCUAGCGCCCGCUGAUGGUGACUGGCCCGAAACACCUCAGUUUGCGUCACAGAGUUCAGACGAACAGACUAGCAUCGGCCAUCUUACUUCCUCAAAAAAAAAAAAAAACUUCAGUCCCAAAGAAAAACAGAAUCCCUGGAUACAUGGGUGACCACAUCAAGGACAGUUAUGGAGCAUUAAACCAAGGGGCGACGACAAGCAAGCUAGACACAGCUCUAGGGAACAGGAAACUGAAGUGAGGAGCUUCCUGUGACCAUAUCGUCCGCUGAUCCCCAGCGAAACCCUUGACUCCUCGCUGAGGAGACAUGGAGGAGCAGGGGGAUGCUGGGAUUGGGGGUUUGUUGGCGUCCAGCCCGCAGAGUGAGGCUGUAACCCAUGAGAUGGGCGAACUGUCCCUGCACCCCAGCCAGAGGCUGCCCCCCCUCAACGAACGCAAAAAUGUUCUCCAGCUGAGGCUACAGCAGAGACGUACCCGCGAGCAGCUCGUUGAUCAGGGAAUCAUGCCACCCCUGAAGAGCCCUGCGGCGUUCCAUGAACAGAUCCGCAGCCUUGAGAGAGCCAGGACUGAAAAUUUCCUAAAGCACAAAAUACGCAGCCGCCCAGAAAGGGCUGAGUUGGUCCGCAUGCACAUCUUACAAGAGACGGUGGCAGAGCCUUCUCUGCAGGCCACUCAGCUGAAAUUGAAGAGAGCUCGAUUGGCUGAUGACCUGAAUGAGAAGAUUGCUCAACGCCCUGGCCCCAUGGAGCUGGUGGAGAAGAACAUCCUGCCUGUGGACUCCAGCGUCAAGGAAGCCAUCAUUGAUGGUCAGAUGCAGUACCCUAGAAUUCUAGAGGAACCAGCCGAUGAAGACAGUGGAGAUGCGUUUUCACCUGAGCAGCCAGCCAGUCAGGAGUCCCAGGGUUCUGCAGCUUCUCCUGGGGAGGUCCGGGCCAUUGAAGAGUCCUCACCAUUGCCUAACAACUUCUUAAAGCACUUUCCUGCAGUGACCACCACCACAACAGAUUUCCUCAAGCCUUUUUCCACCAAUGAGCAAUUAAUUAGUCCUCCAGCACCCAUGCCACAGCUAAUCACCGUGGCCCCUGUGAAGUCUGGACCCACCCUUGUAAAGCAAAGUCAGCCUAAGUUACCUGGGGACAAGAGCCGCAGCAAGAAGAGUAAGGAGGCCAAGCCACGUGUGAAAAAGUUAAAAUAUCAUCAGUACAUUCCCCCAGACCAGAAACAAGAACUCAACCAAGCUCCGAUGGACUCCUCAUAUGCUCGUUUACUACAACAACAGCAGCUAUUUUUGCAGCUACAGAUCCUGAGCCAACAACAACAGCAGCACUACAACUACCAGACAAUCCUUCCUGCACCUCUCAAGCCUGUAAUUGAAGGCCAAAACAGUGGUGCCACAGUGGCUAUCAACAGCACUAGCAGCCUUCCUGCGUCCAUUGUGGUGUCUCUGCCCACAGCGACACCUGUGCGGCCCAACAGCACCCUUUCCAACCGCAAGGCAGGCAUACUACCUGCCAACCUAGAGGAGAUGAAGGUGGCAGAGCUGAAAAUGGAGUUAAAGUUACGUGGUCUUCCGGUGUCUGGAACAAAAACAGACCUAAUUGAACGGCUUAAGCCUUUCCAAGAAAACACUGCACCCAGCUGCACAGGACCUAACACACAGUCCUGCAGCACACCUAUGGAGGUGUCCAGCACCACUACAACCCUAUCCCCCAUCCAGCAGCCCUCUGAAAAUCUAAGCUCCACUCCACCUGUGUCUCCUGGUUCUUCAGAGCUUCACAGCAAAGAAGAAGCAUACAUGGAGGGACAGGCAGAGGGCCAAAACCGAAGUUUAGUGACGGCAGCUCCUGUUCCUGAGGAACAAGACCGGAGACUACACGAAAAGGAGCGACAGAUUGAGGAACUGCUGCGUAAAUUGGAGCAGGAGCAGAAGCUGGUGGAGGAACUGAAGAUGCAGCUAGAGGUGGAAAAAAGGUGUGGACAGGUUCCACCUGCAGAAAAUAACAACGCUUCCAGUCCAGCCACUAUGUUGACGUCUGUCAAAACAGAAAACACUGUCCCUCCUAACUGCACACUGAGUCCACACACUACGCCAACGCUAUUGAAGCUCGAAGAGGCUCAUCCCAACCAGGUGACAGCAACUCCUCUCCGUCAGUUCAUUAUCAGCCACCAGGGAGUCCCACAGGUCAUAGGACAGCCCCAGACUCUUCUAACCACUUCUCAUGGGGGUACUCAGAUCCUUCUUCCAAUGCCCCUGGCAAAUAAUACCACUACCAUCCAACUGCCCAACACUAAUGUCAAACUACAGCAAGUUUUGCAGGCUGUCUCUCCAUCAGUGCCAGGUAUAAUUCAGAACCCCCAAAUACAGCCCACCAAAGCAGAGAGUCCUGCGUCACAACAGCUGCUCAGUCAUAACCACAUAGUUCAGACCCUGCCUGUGGGCGCCACAGAGAGGUCAGGCUUCCAGCACGUCACCAAUGAGACCCCAGCAGGCCUGGAGAUACCUCAGUGCUUCCUCAGCAACUCCCCAGAUAACAGGAUCUCACCUCAGACGUCCCCCAUCCCAUCAUCCCUUAUCAAUGGGCCGCUAAACAAAACAUCCUUCAUUCAGCAGCCCCCAGUUUUCAACCAGACACCCAAGAACAGAGAGCCGCCUCGUUAUGAGGAGGCCGUCAAACAGACACGCAGCCUACAGAAUGCUGCUGUCUCAGAGAUUCCCACAGCAACAAGUCAACAGAUGGAUGAUCUCUUUGACAUUUUAAUAGAAAGUGGAGAGAUCACUCCCUUUAGUCAACAGGACCCGUCUGUGCCUAGGAUGAUGCCUGUCACGGCCAGCAUCACCACCCUGCCUAUCAACACCGUCCUGUCCCGUCCACCCGCCCAGGUGCAGAUGGCACCCCCGCCGGCGCUCAUGGUGUCGCCCAUGCCCAGCCUGGCCUCCCUGGACUCCGACAACCAGUUGGAGGCCCUGCUGGAGGGCACGCUGGUUGGGGACACCGAGCCGGAGCAUAGGACUUUGGGCCUGCUGGAGGAGCUUCAAAACCAGAUACUGGAGCAGCCAAACUCCCCAAUGGACACUUCGGAGCUGAGCUUCACCGACCCGCCACCUUCCUCUUCCGCCCUGCCCUUUAGUCUCCAAGACACCGGCCUGGACAACAUGGAGUGGCUGGACAUCACUAUGCCUGGGCCCAUCGGCGGACUCAAUCCAUUGGGCAUCACCUCUGAAUUCCUGGACGCUCAUGAUCUGCAGCUGCACUGGGACUGACAGGAAACGCUUCAAACACGGUUAUGCUUUCACUCGCACAACAAGCCGUCUGUCUCGGGGUCUGUGUGGCAGCGGUUCACGUCUGGCAGCUUUAUGUGACUAGACUCCAGCUCAGCUGUACACUUCACUUACGCUGGUUCUAAUCACCAUCUGUUCUCAUUCACCUUUUGAUCAGAAAAGACACAUGAGCCUUGUGGGUAAUGCUAGCUAGGGCUCUCUUUGCUGUGCCAUUCUGAGAGGGAGCUGCUUUCGGGCAGAUUGAAUUCUGCUGUAUUGCUAUUUUGUUUAGUUUUUUUCAUUCACGUGCCAUUGACUUCAGAUCGGUUCCAGUCAGGCUGUAAAUAUCCUCACAGCUAGUUUUAAGGAAGAGCUGUCGUUCCAAAUGAUGUGGCAUCGCAGUAGAGUUCACUUUGUUUGCUCAAAAUUGAAAAUUGAGCCUUGAGCAAUGACGCCGUUAGCGCUCCUGUCCGUGAUCAUGAGUGUCUGUGUCGAGGAUGAGAAUGUCAGACUCAACGUAGCAGUCAAGUGAUGUUUCCCAGAAUCCUCUUUUUCAGCACUGACUGCAGUAACAGCCUGGUGUCUGCAAGACUCAGUGGCAAGUGCACUACCAUUCAAAAGUUUUCACAUUGAGCGUAGUUUGGCAAAGAUGGAAUUAUUCAAUCAAAAGUGACUUAUAUAAUGUUACAAAAGAUGGUUAUAUGUUUCUACUCAUGCUAAAAUAUAAUAUACAUGCUAAAUUGCCAUAAAAAUAUUAAGCAGCACAUUUGUGAAUGAUCAUGUGACACUGAACGGCUGCUGGAAGUUCAGCUUUUAUUUUAAAAUAUAUUAAAAUUGAAAACGGCUAUUUUAUAUUGCAGAAAUGUUUCACAGUUUUUAUGUUUUACUAUAUUUUUCAAUUACAUAAAUAUAGCCUAGUGAGCACUUUCAAAAAGAAACUUAAAUGGUUGUAUAGUUCGAUGAAGAUCUAAUUAACAUAUCCAAUUUUUAGCAAAUCUGCCUUUUUAUGAUAUUGUUUGACUGGCUGUUGACCAGAAAUAUUGAGUUGUGUUUUAUAAAGCGGCUACAAUUGCAAAUGUCCCGUAAACGUAGACGUCCAAGGUUGCAAAGAGCUUUUGGUCUGAUUUGUAUCUGGGAAUUGCAGACAUAGGCUAUACUGUUUGUUUUUUGGUCCUGGAAACAGAAAUUUUGUCAUCAAUCAGCUCUCAAUUUCAGACACAAAGCAUCCCAUUUUGAUCAACGGGAGAUCAGUUCGUCUAUACCAUUUGGAAACGAUCUAAAAUGAAUCUAUAAAAAGAUGUAAAUAAUCUACGAGGACAAAUUUUUGUAUAAAGAAAAGCAAAAAGAAAAACUAUUUUGUCUGACUCGUUGGAUGUGCGACCCCUUGUUUUUGUGUAUGUGAAUCGUGAAUCAGUGUGUCUGUGUGUGAUUGUUCGUCGCUUCAGUGGAAUGUUGUGUUUGAUUUUCGGUGCAUCAUACUGUAAGAAAGUUCCAGUUUUUUUUCCCACAUAUUUAUCAGUUCGGUUCACGCAGUGGGUGCUAUAUUUCAAGUUCUCAUUUGCAUAUUUUUGAUGCUAUCGGAAAAAAAAAAAACUGUCAAGAGACCCUGCUUUUAGAAAGAGAUUAUGUAAAUGAAGCCAUCUGAAGUUACAGCUGACACUAAAUAGUGAUCUUAAUCAACACAGGGCAACUGUUUAUUCCUCCAGUAAAUGGAGUUGAAAAAUGCAAAAAAAAA